UGGGUGAAAGAGGGAGGGAGCUACAACGUGAAAUACCGUUAGCGUGUGUCAAGUGUGUGUGUGAACACACAGUGCCGUGCUUUUGGAAACAGCUCUACAACCGUCAGUGAGCUGACAGGAUUUAAAUUGGGCCACAGAACAGCCGUGUUAUAAGCUCAGCUGAACGCUUUCCGGACUAACUGUCUGCAGAAACCACUUUUCCACUCUGCUGCAGACACUGGCGCUUCAUUUUCUGUCCUACCAUCAGCUGUCUAUGGGAACCUGCUAAUACAGCUGGCGUCUAGUAUGUGUAAAGGGAUGGCACUGUCCUUUCUUCUCCUCUCCACCAUGUUGCCCUUACUCAGCGUGUCUGCGUAUAAUACAUCUGCUGGUUGUGCUAUCAUCCGUCCUCCCAGAGACGGAGGGAUAAGGUACAGAGGUCUGACGCAAGAGCAGAUCCGCAGUGUGCAGGUGCUCCCAGUAGACUAUGAGAUAGAGUACAUCUGCAGGGGCAACAGGGUGAUCGUGGGACCCAAGGUCAGGAAGUGUUUGCCCAAUGGCACUUGGACCGAUCUGAGCCAGCGCAGCAGAUGCUUGUUGUUGUGUCCUCGAGUGUGGACAUCAUUGGAAAACGGGCGGGUGUCCCCUUGGCCCCUGGGGCCCCCGGUGGAGGGGACAGUGCUGCAUUACAGUUGUCUGCCUGGCUUCAUCCUCAUGGGCCGAAACUCAACACAGUGCAAUAAGAUGGGCAAAUGGGACACACCCAAACCAGUGUGUCACUAUGAUCGGCACUACAAAGGCAAGAAGAAGCUCUACAUUGGUGCCCUCUUCCCCAUGAGCGGAGGCUGGCCCGGCGGACAAGCCUGCCUCCCCGCCGCUCAGAUGGCCCUUAAACUGGUGAAUAAAAGGACCGACAUACUGCCGGACUACGAACUGGAGCUGAUACACUACGACAGUAUGUGUGAUCCGGGUGAGGCCACCAAGCUGCUGUAUGACCUUCUGUACACAGAGCCCAUUAAAAUCGUGCUGAUGCCAGGCUGCAGCUCUGUGUCCACGCUAGUGGCUGAGGCUGCUCGUAUGUGGAACCUCAUAGUGUUGUCGUAUGGCUCCAGUUCUCCAGCGCUGUCCAACCGCCAGCGUUUCCCCACCUUCUUCCGUACUCAUCCAUCUGCCACACUGCACAACCCCACUCGAGUGCAGCUCUUCCAGAAGUGGAAAUGGACCAAGAUCGCCACCAUUCAACAAACAACAGAAGUUUUUACAUCAACUCUGGAUGAUCUGGAGGAGAGGGUGAAGGAGGCAGGGAUAGAAAUCAGUGUUCGUCAGAGCUUCCUCACUGACCCUGCUGUGGCUGUCAAAAACCUCAAGCGGCAAGAUGCCAGAAUUAUUGUUGGCCUGUUCUAUGAGACGGAGGCCAGGAAAGUCUUCUGUGAGGUGUACAAAGAGAAGCUGUAUGGGAAAAAGUAUGUGUGGUUCCUCAUCGGCUGGUACGCAGACAACUGGUUUAAGAUCAAGGACCCAUCUAUCAACUGUACUGUGGAGCAGAUGACAGAGGCUGUAGAGGGUCACGUGACUACUGAGAUUGUCAUGCUCAACCCAGAGACUGUUCGUGGAGCCUCCAACCUGACCUCGCAGGAGUUUCUUGCCCAGCUGAUGUCUAAACUUGGGGGGAAAAAUCCAGAGGAGACAGGUGGUUUCCAGGAGGCCCCACUGGCCUAUGAUGCUGUGUGGGCUCUAGCCCUGGCACUCAAUAAGACUGUGGGGCCCCUAAAGGCCAAGGGUCACCGGCUAGAAGAUUUCAACUACAACAAUCGAGAUAUCACUGCAGAGAUCUACAGAGCUAUGAACACCAGCUCCUUCGAAGGAGUUUCAGGACACGUUGUAUUUGAUGCCCAAGGUUCUCGAAUGGCGUGGACUCUUAUUGAACAGCUUCAAGGAGGGAGCUAUAAGAAGAUCGGAUACUACGACAGCACUAAAGGCAAUCUGUCCUGGUAUGGGAAUGACAAGUGGAUAGGCUCAGGACCCCCUGCAGACCAGACGGUGGUUAUUGAGGAGUUUCGCUACCUGUCCCAGAAGCUCUUUGUGUCUGUGUCUGUUUUUGCUGGGUUGGGAAUCCUGCUGGGAAUAAUCUGCCUCACCUUCAACAUCUACAACAGCAAUGUCAGGUACAUUCAGAACUCUCAGCCCUACCUUAACAACAUGACAGCAGUGGGCUGCAUGAUGGCACUGGCUGCUGUCUUCCCUCUGGGCAUCGAUGGCCUUCAUGUCCACAGGAGGCAGUUCCCUGUUGUUUGCCAGUUUCGCCUGUGGCUGCUUGGUCUGGGUUUCAGCCUUGCAUAUGGCAGCAUGUUCACCAAGAUCUGGUGGGUCCACACGGUAUUCACCAAGAAGGAUGAGAAGAAGGAUAAGAGGAAGCAGCACCUGGAACCAUGGAAACUCUACGCUACUGUUGGUGUUCUACUUGGCAUUGACAUCCUGUCUCUCAUGAUCUGGCAGAUUGUGGAUCCUUUGCAUAUCACAGUUGAGAAAUUCACCAGAGAAGCCCCUAAAGGAGACCUGGAUGUUUUAAUUCAGCCUUUACUGGAGCACUGCAGCUCAGAAAAGAUGAACACCUGGUUGGGUGUGGUGUAUGGUUAUAAAGGCUUACUGCUGCUGCUCGGCAUCUUCCUGGCCUAUGAGACUAAGUCCAUCUCCACAGAGAAGAUCAAUGACCACCGAGCUGUGGGCAUGGCCAUCUAUAAUGUUGCUGUGCUGUGUAUGAUCACAGCUCCAGUUACCAUGAUCCUGUCAUCCCAGCAGGACGCUUCCUUCGCCUUCGCCUCCUUGGCCAUCGUCUUCUCGGUCUACAUCACGCUGGUGGUUCUGUUUGUCCCCAAGAUGCGACGUCUGAUCACACGGGGUGAGUGGCAGUCAGAUGCUCAGGAGACCAUGAAGACUGGCUCUUCCACCAAUAACAAUGAUGAGGAGAAGUCCAGACAGUUGGAGAGAGAGAACAAGGAGCUGCAGAAAAUCAUCCAGGAGAAAGAAGAGCGUGUGUCUGAACUGAGGAACCAGCUGUCUGAGCGACAGGCCCUGCGGUCGAGGAGAAGAGCAUCCACUGUCACCAGUCAGAACCACAGCCCCCCACCCCUCGCCAUCCCUCAGAGUGACCCCAGGUCCCUGGCCCCUCCUCCAGGCUACCCAGCCCCCACCUGUGACCCCCACCCCGUCCCUCCAUCCUUUGCCAACUCGUCCAGCCUCUACCAGCCAGACAGCAAGAUUAGCCGAAAUAACUGCCACACCAGCCGGCUACAGCUGCUGUACAAGUGAGUUGGUGGUGAACAGUGGCGGGUGAGGACAGUAAUGACAAUUAUAGCUGUACAGAGGUGGAGAAAAUGAAGUACAAACAGCAGUUUGGAUAAUAAAUCAGUGUCUGUUGGAGGAGCUGACUCCAAAACUCAUCCCACCAAUCAGCAGAGGCUGGAGGAUGACCAGUAGAAAGGUUCAUAUUGAAGAAAUCUUCAGUGAGGAUUUACAUCUCCAUCCCCACUGUCAGAGUUGAUUAAUAUGUAAUUUUUCUUUGCUCUUGGAGUAAAAAGAUGUACAUACAUCUUGUUAAUUAUAAAAUGUUGCAUCUGUCAUCUACCAGUGUUGUAUCAUGUGCCAUCUAGAGUUUAAGAAAAAAUCACUCAGAGUGAUGAUUCCUAAAACAAAAAGUCAUUGCCUUUUGACAAAAGAAGAUAAAAGCAGCUGAAAAGCGUUGCUGGCAAAUUUUAUUACAGUGGGGGAAACAAGUAUUCAACACACCAACAUAUUUCCAAUGCAUCAAUUCAAUUAAUAAUAUAACCAUUAAGAUAAAGAAAUCAUAUGACCUCCAUAUGACUCUACAAAUACCAUACCUACAGUGAAGUUUGGAUGUGGAAGCAUCAUGUUAUGGGGUUUCUUCUCCUCUCAUGGUACUGGCAGAAUCCAAAUAAUUGAGUGGAAGAUUAAUGGAGCCAUGCAGAGGGAAAUCCAUCCAUCAGGACAAUGAGGCUGAGAUGCUGGUCUUCCAGCAGGACAGCGAUCCAAAACAUACUGCAAAGGAGAUUGUCAGUUGGUACCAGAGCAGGAAAAUAAAGGUGUUGAAAUGGUCCAGUCAAUCGCCAGUCAGUCAACAGAACAUUUGUGGAAGGAACUGAAGAUCAAGACUCACCAGCUUCCAGACUGGAAGACUGUUCCACCUGAACACUGUGACAAAUUAGUUUCUUCAUACUGGACUUGUCUUGAAGCUGUUGUUGCAAACAAAGACUUCUCCACCAAGUAUUAAAUAACUUUCAGUGUGUUCAAUACUUUUUUCCUUUGUCAUUCCACAUUAUUGCAUAUAACUUUUUUAUGGAUUGGAAUAUUACAAUUUCUUUAACUAGACCAAUAUCUGGUCUAAACUUCAUUGAAUAGCUGCAUUGGAAAUGUUUAAUGAAAAAUAUGCUGGUGUGUCAAAUACUUAUUUCUCCCACUGUAUAUGAUUUAUUUGAUAACAAAGUUAGCGUUAACUUUAGAUCCAUGAUUGGUUGAAAACUGUCUCCAGUUUACUCAUUUAAAAAUGAGAACCCUGUAAAAGGAUCCUUCAAAUGCUGGCUCAUUGAAGUUGUAAACCCCCUUUGACGUCAAGAAGGGGUGGGGACCUUUUGUAAUUUUCAGGCCUUACGCAACUUGUAUAGUAGACAAAGCCACCCAGGUCAAAGUAAGACAACUGAUUGGAGCUGAUAAAUCACAAUCUAAUUUGCUUGGUUACUUGUUCCUACUAUCUCUUAAUGCGUAGAAAGGAAAGACUGUUGAAGUAUUUUUCUAAUGUGCCAGUACAGUUUCCAUAUAGGUCAUGAGUAAGCAGAGUCAACGGCAGCUUAAUAAGAGACACUUGUUUGUAGCUACCUACCAUCAAACCUCCACUUUGGUAUCACUCUGAGUGAUGAUCAAAGACCCCUUUAAAAAUGGUUCUCAUUUUCAAAUGUGUCAGCUAGAAACACUUCGUCACUGAGUUAGUAUUAUUUAUCGAGCUCCAGCUGAUAAAAUCUAACAACAUUUAUCAUUUUUGAUGACAAUAUCAAUGGUGGCUGACUAGAAGUGAAAACAGUGCUUUUGUUAAGAGUGAUAUCAAGCUCCAUUGCUUCAAUGGAUCUUUGAUUUUGCAAAGGGUCAUUGGAGACCAAGAUAGUAUAACACAGCUUUUAUCAUAUCUGUACUUUACAGUAUUGUCUCUUAAUGUAAUUACAUGUGCCAUGUACUGUACUAAGAGGCUGGACAAGAGGACAGCCUAACUUGUAUCCGUUACAUAAUAAGAUUUAUCAUUUCAGCUCCUCUUGUUAAAUGUUUGAUGGUGGUUUUUAAAUUGCCACUGGUCUCUGUUCAAAGAGUCUAGAAGUCAUUGUGUGUUUUUAUGCUAACCUCACUGUGGAUGCACCCAGUCCUGUUGAGGACUCAAAAGAAAAAUAAGACACUGCGGUCAUCUGUCAGAUAUUUACUGUUAAGUGUUGUGACUGGCACACUGAAGAACUGAGGGAACAUUAACUGAAACACCUUUAUGUGUAUGCUAUCAGGCUGCAACUGUGUCUGUGUGUUUAAUUUUCCUGGGGACAAGACAGAUAAAUACCAGAAAUUAAAUAUAAUGGGCCAGCUGUCAGGUGAUAAGGCUUAAAUGUCAAACCUGAGGCAAAUUCAGUCAGAAUUUGUUGGUAUGUAAAAUAUAAGCUUUUUGAAGUUUGUCUCGAGGAGCUGGUGAAAAACAUCAUGUGAAGUGUAUGUGUACCUUAGUGCACAUUGAGGGAACAAAGAAAGCAUUACAAUACUAAUUUAGCUCAUACCUAUGGCAGCAGGUACUGAAUUUGAAUUUGGCAAAUCUAAAUUUGAAAUUCAGAACUUAAAAUUAUAUAUGAGGUUUGCAUUCAGUUUACUGUAUAUUUCAUGUUUGUAUGUAAGGUUUUAAAACUGAGUAAGAAAAACUUAUUUUCUCUCAGGAUGUUUUUUUUUUUUUUUUAAGACAUGAUACACAGAUUCACAUCACAUUUUCAAAUCAUCAUGUUUCUGUUUCAGUUCCAUCUGUCUGUGACAGUAUUUUUAGGGACUGACAGAAAAGAAAGCAACUCUGAUUUAAAAUACGUACAACAAGCAUACUGUCCCCUCAGUUUUAUCUUUAUGUAGUGAGAGAUAAUUCUGGCAUAUCCACUCAUUAAUUUGUUCAAUGCACUGACAGAGAGAGUCAGGAGGACCACGGUCAGCUGGUGAAAAGUACUCUACAGGUCAUUCUGACUCGCUUGGGAGUAAGAAUGUCAAUGCCUUUCAAUUUCUAAAAUUAAAAUUUGGAUUGAUUUUGAAUUGUAUAAAAUCCCAAUAAAAGCUCAAAUACAUGCGGCACCACAGUAUGAUCUGACAACAUGAUCCACAAGCCUAGCAGUUUGUCAUUUUGUUUGUUUUCAUGUCUGACUUGGCCUCUUGCCGAAGUGUUAGAUGUGUUAGUUUAAUCAGUUAAUAACAGGGGCCAUCAUACUGCCUCACAUUUCUGCCAUACAUUUCCUCCACAGCUAUAAACAGACACAGAGUUUCUGGUUAUUUAGGAAAAUACAACCAGCAGGCUGACAUCAGAUUUCCCCUGUGCAGAUUGCUGCUACGUUUCACUUCUUUUUGAGUUCACUUCUGGUCUUUUUUUGGUCUCGCUUAAAAAUACCACAGCUUUUUGUGGGUAUUUUGUGUUCUGGAGUUUCAGUGAAAAGAUUUUCAUGGCAGACAGUGAAACUACAACACAUGCUUGACUUCUGUAUACCUAAUUAUAAUUUACAUACUAAUAGGGAUAACACCAUGGGCUUUUUGGUUUCUCUGUGUGUACCUCUGAGCUUUAUGUUGUGGAUUAAACAAAUGAGUCUCACAGGCUCAAAUGAAAUUGGGCUUUUGAUGUGUUUAAUACUGCUCAGAUGGCACUGGUAUUAUUGCAGCUCGGGCUGUAUAGAUGGCAUUAUUUCAAUACCAAAAAAGUUUCCAAAUUCAAAAGCCUUUACUGACCCUAACACUGGUAAAAUCUUUGGCAAAAACUCCAAGCUAUUGUUCAAUAGAAAAGAAAGAAACAAAUAAAUAAAAUAAAGCCAUCUUCACUGAGGCUCUAGAAAUGCACUAUUUCAGCACUUAGAAUUAUAAUCCUCAUGAAAUAAUACCCCAUUUGACAUUCAAUUUAAGGUUUGCAUUUUUCUGCAAUAGUCAUUCAGUGUAUUUACUUUACAGCAGUUAUCUCUCUACAAGGUAUUUUAAGUGAUACUGACAGUCAAACCAUCCCUGAACUGGUUUCAGAUUGCCGACUUGCAGGACGUGCAAGAAAAUGAUGCUGAAGUUUUAUCCAAGAGCUUCACUACUUACUGUCCAACAAGAGUUUGCUAUGGCAUUAAUCACACUUCUUGUUCUUGUUUCUUGUGGUAACCAUGGGUGUCACCAAAGCAACCAGGAUGGAAAUCUUCAAAGUAAACAACAAAAUACGUUCACCAUUACAAAAAGAUUAGCAUUGUCUGAUCUGCCAUUUCUUUGUAAGUGUGGUUAGAUUCCUGCUCAGUGAAUUUUGUUCAACUUUGUGAGAUGGAACCUCCCUGCACUAAUAUACCACCUGCCUCUCCUGGUAACAGUUCUUUAUUUUCAUUUAGGGGUCCAAGCCUUUGACAAAUAUGUUGUGUGAUCUCUAGUUGAGGUAUAGAGUUGGUCUUGACUUCCAGUUUAGUCUCAUGCGUGGUUGCAGUGUGUGGGUAAUUUGAGUCUUGGUAAGCACUUCUAAAUUAACCAAUAACUACAGUGUGAGGCACAGAUGUAUAAACCAAGAGAACAUUGUGCAGUGAUCCUGCUACUUUCUUUUAAAGUGAAAAUGUGUAAAUAUCUGGUGUAGGUUUGUCUGUAAUAAUGUAUUUAACUGUUGAGUCUGUAAAGCAGUGAAGAUGUAAGUGAUGUUGAUACACAUGAAAGUAUGCACAUGGACUGUAAAUAAUAAUGAUGUAAAUAAUGAUGACAUUCAGCUUUGCAUAAAUAAGCUGUAUUUCAUGUGGUACAGUCAUCAAAAUAUAUUUCUAUAUGCUGUAAUAGUUGAUAUUUGAGAUUAUUUGAAAUGCAAGAAUGAAAAUAAAGUUGUUUUUCUCAAA